ACGGAACGGCUGCGCUGGGAGUGUUUAUGGCUGCCUGCUCCGCUCGACAGCCACCAGUUUGCGUUGUAUUCAAGAAUACCUCGGUGUUUUUAGAGGCCGUGAAAACCGUCGCGCUAUUCUCCGGAGAGGAAAAGCGGCUGAGAACGGAGUCCCCGUUUGCGUCGACACGGCUAACUUUUAAGCGCUCAGUGAGCCCGUUGAAGCGAAAAUGAAGUUCAUCGCUCGCGGAGAGUUGUUCUUCUGAAACAUAGUCAGCGGAAGAAGUCCGACUGGGAUUAAAACCGCAACUUGAAGACGCGGACUUGGUGUUUUGACGAAGGACGACGCGAAUUUCAUGGGGCGACUAUCUUUCGGAACUUUUCUUCACCUCUCGACAGCGGUGCAGAUUGUUGUCGGAGCUCACAUCAACGUCAGCUAAUUUUAGCAGCUAGCUAGGUGCGUUAGCUGUCAGGCUCGCCGCGCUGCGCCGCGACUUUACGGGUAAUUCAGGCAACUUUUUUUUUUUUUUUUUAUAAUGACCAUGUCCUUCAUACCUCCUGCAACAGGUAGACGUUUUGCAAACACGACGAAGCAGCAAAAACAGUCAGACAUUUAGGAACUUAAUUCGUCUUAUGGUGUUAACUCUCGGUUUUAAGUGCGGGCGCUGAGUGUUAGUUUGGCUUUUUGGUUUUGAACAUAAAAAAUAAAAAUAAAAAACAGAUUAAAAAAAAAAAAAAAAAGCAAGCUAAUGAUGCAGCCUUUGGACACAAUCUAACCCCGAAACCGACCGACCAUGUUGGAUGAUACAGAAUAAGACCCGGACAGGAGACGAGCUCCAGUAGUUUUGCUCCGUAAUUCGGCGCUGAUGUGAAGCGGUAGGACCACAGGAGGAAACCUUUCAUUUGACCCAGGGAUACGAUCGCUCGUCUGAAGACUUCGUGCAUCAAAAUGUCGGCCAUCUCUGCAUCCGAGAAAGUGGACGGGUUUACGAGGAAGUCCAUGAGGAAGGCGCAGAAACAGAGGAAAUCCCAAGGCUCGUCUCAGUACCGCACUCAGAGCGCUCCGGUCGAGCUCUCCCCGCUGCCGCAGCUCAAAGAUGCCCCCUCCACGGAGCAACAGGAACUGUUUACCCAGAAGCUCCAGCAGUGCUGCAUGCUCUUCGACUUCCUGGACUCGGUGACGGACCUGAAAAGCAAGGAGAUCAAGAGGGCCACGCUCAAUGAGCUGGUGGACUUUGUUUCCACCAACAGAGGUGUGCUGGUGGAGUCCGCGUACCCGGAGAUCACCAACAUGAUCAGCACCAAUAUUUUCCGGGCCCUUCCACCAAGCGAUAAUCCAGAUUUUGACCCAGAAGAGGAUGAACCUACCCUUGAGGCUUCAUGGCCUCACAUGCAACUGGUCUACGAGUUCCUGCUGCGCUUCUUAGAGAAUCCGGACUUCCAGCCCAGCAUUGCAAAGCGGCAUAUUGAUCAGAAGUUUGUUCUGCAGCUGCUGGAGCUGUUCGACAGCGAGGACCCGAGGGAGAGGGACUUCCUGAAGACCAUCCUGCAUCGGAUUUAUGGAAAGUUCCUGGGCCUGCGAGCCUUCAUCAGGAAGCAGAUCAACAAUAUCUUCUUGCGGUUCAUAUAUGAAACCGAACACUUCAAUGGAGUUGCCGAACUGCUCGAGAUUCUCGGAAGUAUCAUCAACGGGUUUGCGUUGCCUCUGAAGGCGGAGCACAAGCAGUUCUUGAUGAAGGUGCUCAUCCCGUUGCAUACAGCUAAAGGACUGGCCCUUUUCCAUGCACAGCUGGCCUAUUGUGUGGUCCAGUUCUUGGAGAAGGAUCCUACGCUCACAGAGCCGGUGAUUCGUGGUCUGCUGAAAUUCUGGCCUAAAACCUGCAGCCAGAAAGAGGUGAUGUUCCUGGGCGAAAUCGAAGAGAUUCUGGACGUCAUUGAACCGACGCAAUUCAAAAAAAUCCAGGAGCCGUUGUUCAAACAGAUCUCUAAAUGUGUGGCCAAUCCGCAUUUUCAGGUAGCAGAGCGAGCGCUGUACUUCUGGAACAACGAGUACAUCCUCAGCCUCAUCGAGGAGAACAUCGACAAGGUCCUCCCCAUCAUGUUCGGCAGCCUGUACAGAAUCUCCAAAGAGCACUGGAACCCGACAAUCGUAGCGCUGGUCUACAACGUGCUGAAGACGCUGAUGGAGAUGAACUGCACGCUGUUCGAUGAGUUGACAUCCUCCUAUAAAGCAGACAGGCAACGGGAGAAGAAGAAGGAACAGGAGAGGGAUGAGCUGUGGAAGAAGCUGGAGGAGCUGAGGCUCAGCAACGCCACUCUUGUGCAGAACAACAGCCACGGGCUCCCGAGUGUCCAAAACAACAACAACAACAACAACAACAAUAGUAAUAAUGACAGCGUCAACGAGGACAAGAGCGCCGACGGAGCUGCCGAAACUGUAGACGGCAAAGACACCAUGGAGGCCAGCGAGAGCACCCCAUGUGCCAAAUGACAGCGGAUGUCAGUUUUUUAUUCCGUUAACGGUGUGACGCCAGGUUCAGGACUGUCAGGGGAGGAUUGACAGAGACGUAAAAACACAAAUUACACCUCAACAGUAUAUUAAAUCUACUUAGAGUGACUUAGAAUGCCAGCGUUUCUUUGGCAGUAAAAGAAAAAAGAAAAAAAAAACAGCAAAAAAACAAAACAUAUUUCAACUUAAGACUAUUUUUGGAUGUUACAGUGUGGCUGCAGUAUAUUGUUUAUUUGUCUGAUCAAAGAUUUAUCCUUUCACAUUUAGUUUCUUAACAGAAAAUGAUUUUUUUUGUUUUCAUUAUAUUCAUUGUAUGAUACACGGGACGGGAGAAAAUAAUAAAUGACUUGAAUUUACACCCAUCAGUCACAACAUUAAAAUCACCUGCCUGGUCUGGUGUAGGUUCCCCUUGUGCUGCCAAAACGGCUCCAAGUCUGUGAAGUGGUUUCAGCAGCAGAACAUUUAAGUAAAUCACUAGCUGGGGCCUCUCCUCGCUUUUCUCGCACGAUUGCUCGAUUGGACUGAGAUCUGGGCAACCUGGAGACCAAGUCAAGACCUUGAACUCUUUGUCAUGUUCCUCAAACCAUUCCUGAACCAUAUUUGCAGCGCUGCAGGGAGCGUCUUCCUGCUGAAAGAGACCACCGGGGAAUAUCGCCGUGAACACCAGGAACCAAGGCUUCCCAGCAGAACACUGUCCACACUGGCACUGACUUGGCUUCUUCCCAUGGUGCAUCCAGCUGCCAUCUUUUUUUUUUGCCAGGUAAAAGGUGAUGCACACACUCAUGGCUGUGAUGUGAAAGAACAUGUGAUUCAUCAGACCAGGUCACCUUCUUCCACUGCUUCUGACAGUUAUGUGCCCACUGUGGGAGGUUUCUGCAGUGAACUCUGAGCCUCAUACGCAGCGAGCUGUACAUGUUCUGACACCUUUUCUAUGAAGGCUUUCACCAGUUACAGACCACACAGGGCAGCUACCGCGCCCAAACCCUGCAGCUGUCCUCCGCUGGACCACAUUUAGGAGCUACUAACCGCUGCAUACAGCAACACCCCAGCAGACCUGCUGGUUUGGAGAUGCUCUGACUCGCUCAUCAUCGAUAUUUGGCCCCUUUUUCCUGCUUCCAACAUUUCACCUUCGAAAACUGACUGUUUGCUUUGCUGCCUAGUACAUCCCACCUCCUGGCAGGUGCCAUUGUGACGAGAUGAUCGAUGUUGUUCGCUUCGCCUGUCAGCGGUUUUAAUGUUGUGGCUGACUGGUGUAACGUUUCCAAUUGUGCUGCACUUAGAAAAGCUAAAUAGUUAUUUAAAGAUGUCUAUUUUUAAUGUGCUUUUCCUCGUCGCUGCCAACACUUGGGUGCAAACCUUAAGAGGGAAGGGAGAGGCAGAUGUUGGGAUGGGACCAGACCCACGAAUCAGACGUUUAGUUUCCAUUAAUACACAGAAAACGAGCAGAAGAAGCGAGAAGAUGUUCACCUGGUGUUGGUGAACUAGAGAAUGGGAGGUAUAUGACCCAAAUCAACACGGAGUAUUAGCUCUGAAAGUGACUCUACCUGAGACUAUGAAUUUAAAACUGAUUAACAAUUAGAAUAAAUGAUAUAUUUGUGAGACUAUUUUUGUGUUUCAGGUGUUGGUAAAUAUUUUUUCAUCUGGGUGAAAAUACAAAGCUAAUAGUGACAAUAACACGACACCUGCGUUUAUAGAAAUGAUUUACACUAAAGUUAUGGAGAGAGGGUUUUCAAUGAAUGAAAUGUUUUUCGAAUUAAAGAAAUAGUUUGACAUUUUGGGAAAUACUCCAGUAAGACGGCUACCAGUGGUAAACCUUAAACUGCUUCCGGUUAGCUUAGCAUCGUACAAACACUUGAAGGAGAGGGAACCAGCUAGCCUUGCUCUGUCCUGAGAUUUAAAAUCCACCGGCUGCACCUUGUAGGCUCAUUGAUCACCACAUUUAUAUAUUGGGGUUUUUUUUUUGGGUGGAGUCCAGUAAAGUCAAAGCAUGUUCAGUAGUGAGCUUUAGAGGUGUCAGAUGGUGGAGUUAGUUAGCGUCAUGCUAGCUGCUUUCCAAACUUUAUGCUAAGCAGAGGCAUUCAAAUCAAUUUUCUCAUCACAAAAUGUCAAACUGUUCCUUUAAAACAACACGUUUAAAGACAGUAUGAGACCUAGAGUACUAUAUUUUUCCAGAGUAUCGACGAGGCUAAUAUUUUUGAAUGUUUCAUUUUGCAGAUGAAUUAUGACGGGAUGCAGGAUACGCUUGAGUGUACAUUUGUUGCGUAUGUGUGUGUAUAUGUUAGUUUGGAGGCUACUUAAAGGGAAAUGCCACUCGGUUUCAGACUUUCUGUACAGCGUAACGUUUCCGUGGUCUAGGAAAGUGCAGUCAGCGGUUAUAGAAGCAUACACGGCAUCUCUCUCUCAAAGCUGAAGAGCAAAACACUUGCCCUUGUCUUAGCACUUAUCUGGCAUUUGAUCGUGCACAGAAGGCUUUUUGUGUAUCCAUGAACUCUGAUCAACGUUUUUAUAACCAAACAAGGCUCAUCGUGCUGUAUGAAAAUAACACCAGGAAGCUCCACAGAUUGUUUUCAGACAGUCUCCGCUGUCACUUCUGCUUUCAUUCUCAUCCUUCUGAUGUUGGGAGCUGAUAAGUGUGUUCGUUAACUGAAUCUGACUGCCGUAGAUCAUAGGAACGACUUCUGAGAGCUUUUUAGAAGUGAGCGGUGUUCCCUCUGAACCUCAGCGUCUGCUCUUUUACUUUUAAGUUCAUGUUUUAGGUCCAGUCUUCUCUGAUGCCUUUCUGUCAGUACAGCAUUCCAGCCUCUGUGACAUUUAAAGAAAUUAUGUGGGGAACCUGUUUUGUAAUCACAGAUCUUAUUUAGGUUUCACCAUCAAAUAAAGUCUACUUUAUCUUUCUACUCAAAGUGUAA